UUCCUAUCUAUGUCAUGAAAAUAAAUGACUAAUGUAUGUUUUGCAUUCAUUUCAAAAUUGAUCCUCACAAUUUGCAACGCCCGUCUUAUCACCAGGAAGUUGACAAAUAACUUACGUCUGAAAUGAUGUGAUAGCAUAACAGUCACAUCAUUAAAUUUAGAAUGAAUAUUUUUUUAACCACUGACCAAGAAGUGUAAUGUAAAAUGGAACAUGAAAGACCAAUUCAUUAUGGUAAUUUAUUUGUACCAGGUGCUGGAAAGAUUUUAUCUAAAAAAUCUUGGCACCAAAAGCAUUGUUUAUUGUUCAAGUUCAGCAAAUUAGGAGUAGAGAGACUUGAACUAUAUGACGGUACCGAUACAACAAAACAACUGUAUAAAAUUAUAUAUUUGCGAGACACCAAAAAGAUAUCUCAAAAAACACAAACAUGUUUUAUAAUCACUACAAAAUCUUGUAAUCAUGAAUUCGAAGUUGCUUCGUCAGGUUUGAUGAAAGAAUGGUUAUCAUCUUUACAAUCAGUUUGCUUCCCAGAUGAUUCUUCUAAAAUAACCAGUGUUGAAGAAGAUAAUGAUCUUUACUGUCCAUCUGGGGAAGGUAUAUUUAAUGUAAAACUUCAUUCGUCUCCUGCUUCUACGAGAUGUGGUUUGGAAGCUAAACAGUAUUUACUAGUUUUAACUAAUAAUAAUGUCCAAUUGAGGAAUUGUCAUGAUAACAAAUUGCUUUAUACAUGGCCCUAUUGUUUUAUUAGAAGAUACGGUUACAAAAAUGGAAUGUUCACCUUUGAGGCAGGAAGGAAAUGUGAGUCUGGAGAAGGAAUAUUUUACCUUCAGCAUUCCGACCAGCAAGAAAUAUUUAGGUGUUUUUCAUCAAAGAUUAAAUCGAUGAAGAAACUUCUUUCUAAUGAGACAUUCCCAACACUAUUCGAAAUGGACUCUUCUUUGCACCCAGCCUUGAGCAUGGAGGCUAGAUCUCGAAGCCCAAUACCAUAUUCUCUCUCGACUUCAACUUCCAUACAUGAUAUUGAACCUCAAGUUUGUGAUAUGCUUGUGAAUAAAGUACAAUCAGUUGGCAGACCUAUACCUGUUAAGCCACCAAGGAAGAAUAUACCUCCAAAAGAUGAUGGUUCUAAAGAAAUAUAUGAAACAGUUAAUAAAUAUGAUGAAAUUGAAUAUAAGAGCGAAGCUUGGAGAACCAUGGGACUCAAUGAAGUAGAUCACCAGGAAGCUUCAGAACCAGAGGAAGAAUAUAUGUCCUGGGGAACUAUUAAAAAAGGACCAAUCAAGGGGAUUGUUCCUAAAGUUAAUUUGGAACCUCAAAGUAAAGAAGACUAUGAUAAAUUAAAUUUUUUCGGUACUAAAAGUAAAUAUAACAAUAGCAGUUACAAACAAGUAAAAGUUACAUCCAAUGACCCUCCAUCGUUCAAUGAAUAUGAUGAAAUAUUAGUGGCACCAACAGCAAAGGGUAUAGCAUAUAAUAAUGCGGAUAAGCAAAUUCCUAAGAAUUUUGUUCCGUCAAAACAUCUAAAUAAAUCAAAAGACAGUCAAAUAAGUCAUCAAUUUCACAACGAUGAACCUUAUGCAAUAAUAAGUAAGCCAAAACAAGUCUAGUCUCUUGGUCAGAUUCUAAAAUUUUUUGAUUCAAUAUUGAAACUUAUGCUCAAUUUACUAAUUUACUACUUUACUAAUUCAAUAAUGUAUUAUAUUAAAGUAUUAUGUGCUUGUUACGAAAAUUAUACCACGGUGCCUUUCAAUAAAAAUAUUUUUUUAAAGGCUGAUAUAUUUUGGUUUCCUGUUUAUGAAAGUGAAAUUAUAAAGUGCCUUGUAUUUUUAUAAUUGAAAUAUAUUUUUACCAUAAA